ACAACCCUUAUCAUGAACAUUCGAAAUUCACCAUAAGGACAAUAAACAAUUCAGGGCUUCAUCAAUGAAAUUCCCUUUGGCAUCAAAUUAUUGACUAUAAUAACUCUAAUUGUCUUUUUCAUUAAUGUUUUGUUUGAUGGGUUCUUUGCAAAAUAGUUUAUAGAUAUUCCAAUCAAAGUUUUUCAAGACUUCCAAUUAUGGAGAUUGUUCUUUACGCAAUUCAUAGAAUGUAAUACAAUAAUAUAUCGCUCAUAGCUUUAUUUGGAGCUAUCCUAAUGCCCUUAUUCAUUUGCAUGAGUCUUUCAGAUCUAGAAAAGAGAAUUGGCACAGUUGUAUUCAUACUUGAUUUCUUUUUUAAAAGUUUCCUGAUUCAAGUAAUUUCUUCUCUCUAAUUAGGUCAUAUACUUAAUCUUGUCCUUGAUCAUAUAGAACAAUAACAUACCUUCAAAAGGAUUGUGGAAUGUGUAUUUGGUUUACCUUAGUUUAUAGUAUCAAUCAUCAAUAUUCCCCUAGAUGCUUUGCUGAACCAAACUAAUUGCGAAGACUUUUCUUCUUUCCUUGUGACCUUCCUGCCAAAAUCAUCCCAUUCCUUCUUGUGCUAAUAGGAUUCUUAAUGAGUCAAAGCUUUGAUCCUAUCGCAGCUCUUAUCCUAGCAUAUAUUGAGGCUAAUUACUUCAAUUUCAUGAUCUUUAGGCCUAGUCAAGUAGAAUAUAGCCAUUUAAAUUAAUUAGCGAUUUAUUCAAAAGUUGGAGAAUGGUUUUCUAUUUCGAGAUGUCAAAUCCAGAUCAGAUUUCUUUCUUUUGACAGAAAAUUUAUAAGGCAGACCUUAAAAUCAAGCUGACUUGCCAGUACAACAUGUAGAAGAAUUCCAAGAGAAAGGAAUAUAAAUUGGAUCCAGCCUUAAUUUUGAUAAUGUUGAAACCAAUAAUAAGUAAACCUUCCAAUAAUCUAGUAAUUAAACUUAAUAAGACAAUUUAAAAUGAAGCAGAUGAUAGAUAGUUCUUAUUUUA